AUGGCAGCAUAUUUGAAUGGGGCACAAGUGGAGUACUUGGUGGUAGUAUUUAAAGGGUUUAAAGGAGCCAUUGGGUGGACUUUUGCGGAUAUUAUUCGUAUCCCACCAGCAAGUGAUAAAAUUCCAUCUGACUUGUCUUUCUAUCAAAGGAAAUUGUUCAUGUUUGAUUUAAAGAAGUUCUUUUGGGAUGAUCCUUACUUCAAUCGGAGUUGUGCAGAUGGGAUUUUUCACUAUUGUGUACCAAAGGUUGAGAUGUUGAGUGUUUUGGAGGCAUAUCACUCCUCGUCUGUGGGUGGGCACUAUAGUGGUAUCCGGACUGCGCAUAAAUUCUUGCAUUAUGGGUACUAUUGGCUAUCCAUUCACCAAGAUGCUCACGAGUUUGCCAAAUUUUGUGAUUUGUGCCAACAAGAUAGAAGGAUCUCUAAAAGGCAAGAGCUCUCUUUCAAUCCUAUUCUGGUGUAUGAGUUAUUUGAUAUAUGGGGCAUUGAUUUUAUGGUCCCAUUUGUGAGUUCUCAUAGAAUGAAGUAUAUACUUGUGGAGGUUGACUAUGUGUCAAAAUGGGUGGAAGCAAUAACACUUCCUUACAAUGAAGGAAAGAGUGUCACCGCAUUCUUGAAAAAGAAUAUCUUCUCCAUAUUUGGUACACCUAGGGUCAUUAUUAGUGAUGGUGGCUCUAACUUUUGUAAUAAGUUGUUCAAAGGGAAAUUGGAGAAAUAUGGGGUUCUCCAUAAUGUGGUUACUCCUUAUCAUCCACAAACAAGCGGAGAAGUUGAGGUCUCCAAUUGA